AUGGCAGCCCUCACAGACUUCGCUUUCAUGUACCGCUGGUUCAAAAACUGCAAUCUGGUUCGAAACCUCUCAGAGAAGUACGUCUUCAUCACGGGCUGUGACUCGGGCUUUGGGAACCUGUUGGCCAGACAGCUGGUUGACCGGGGCAUGAGAGUGCUUGCUGCUUGCCUCACUGAAGAGGGGGCUCAGAAACUCCAGCAGGACACCUCCUACCAGCUGCAGACCAUCCUCCUAGAUGUCACCAAGACUGAGAGCAUCAAGGCGGCAGCCCAGUGGGUGAGGGACCAAGUGGGCGAGCAAGGCCUCUGGGCCCUAGUCAACAAUGCUGGUGUGGCCCUGCCCAGUGGUCCCAAUGAGUGGCUGACCAAAGAAGACUUUGUGAAAGUCAUCAAUGUGAACCUGGUGGGACUGAUUGAAGUCACCCUGAACAUGCUGCCUAUGGUCAAGAAAGCCCGGGGCAGGGUGGUCAACAUGUCCAGUUCUGGUGGUCGUGUGGCCGUCAUCGGUGGUGGUUACUGUGUCUCCAAGUUUGGUGUCGAAGCCUUCUCCGAUAGCAUCAGGCGAGAGCUUCACUUCUUUGGGGUGAAGGUCAGCAUAAUUGAGCCAGGGAACUACCGGACAUCCAUUCUGGGCCAGGAAGCUCUGCCAUCUCGAAUGAAGAAGCUGUGGGAUCGGCUGCCUCAGGAGACCCGGGAUAGCUACGGAGAAGAGUAUUUCCAUGCCUAUACUGAAAAGCUGGUUAACUUGAUGCAGCGGGCAUAUACGAACAUCAGCAAUGUCACCAACAGCAUGGAGCAUGCCGUUGUCUCCAGGAGCCCCCGAAUCCGCUACAAUCCUGGCCUGGAUGUCAAGUUUCUCUAUAUCCCCCUGGCUAAGUUGCCUGCCUCUGUGACAGAUUUCAUCCUGAGCCGAUACUUGCCAAGGCCAGCAGACAGUGUUUGA